AAGAAGGAGGAUACAUAGCGGUUUCCUGGUAGUGAUAGAUUACAUUGGUGUGCAAAUACGGGUGGUUAAAAAGAAGAUGUAAUGGUUAACGAAGUUGGAAAGGAAACAUGGAGGUUUGUCUUUUACGUCGUCUCCUUUUCGUCGCCUUGAUAGCUUGGGCGUUAGGAGACGAUGAUCAGGUGACGUUUGUAUCAGAGCUCUCGUCCAAACCAGCACAGAAGUUGUCAAAGUACGGGUGGUACGGCAACGUACGACUGCAGAGGUUUCAUGUGCCGGAGGAGACUGCCAUUGCUCGCUGGCUCUUCUCCAUCACCAAGGGCCACAGCUUCCACUGUGGACAGCACAACGUCACCAUCCAUAUUCGAUGGGGGGCUCCUCCAGUUAUAAAUCCGACAGGUUCGGUGUUUCCCAAUGCAACACUAUGGAGCCCCAGCCUCUCUCUGACUCUUCCGGUAACCUCACACAGCUCCACUACCUUUAACCUCUCCGACCCCAAUCCUGGUGAUUGGUAUAUUGCUGCCCACUUGCCUGAAGAUGAUGGGCGCAUUGAGCAGAAGGGCUUUCCGUCCUGCUCCUACUUCUUCCAGCCUCAACUUGCAAUCAGGAGAGCAGUGGACACACCCAUUUUAGAGCAGGGCACAUCCGUCCACCAGACUGCAGCCCCUGACAGACCUGCACGCCUUAAGUUGUAUAUUCCAGAGUUUGCCUCUUCUCUCUCCGUCUCUGUGACUGACUGUUCAUCGGGGGGGAAAGCAGUCGGUGGAAACUGUUGGCUGGUCCUCAGGCUUGGCUCUGCCUCUCUGCAGCACAAGCCAGUAACAGUGAACUGCUCAGGGACUGGCUGCUCUGCAACUCUCUCAAAUCCACCCUGGGACACCUGGUUACGAGUUGUUGUUGAGAGCAGCCAAGACAACCAUACUGUAACCUUUAGUAUCUUCUCAAACUACACAGUGGGAUGUAAGCCAGAAAGUGUAGGCCUUAAAGUAGAUGAUGACUUCAACAGGCUGCGUGGCAACAGCAGCUUUUCCAACUAUAUAUCAGCAGACAACAGCUCAGUGGUUAAUGGCACAGUUGCCCUUAGCAACAAAUCAGAAUCAGCGGUACCACUGUUGUCAGCGUCAGCGUGUGUGUGGAGCGUCCCCGUGCUCUACGAGGAGGUGGAUGUUCUCUCACUCCGAUUCACCCCCGUCAACGGACCCAGCGUCAGUGUUACAAAUACACACCCCACGCUGCUCACCUACCCACUGUACACACAAGCCAGUGGUGGUACACUCAACCUGCAGCUCACAUUCAACACUACUAAUGUAACCCUGGGGAACAGCAGCAGUGUGGUGGCCUGUCUGUCUCCCUUCUCUCCAGUCCUCAAGCUCAACCACUCUCAGCCUUGUCUUACAGCUUUGUUUGGAGGAUAUGGUGUUCACAUAAAUGCCAGUUUUCCUAAAGCUGUGAUCCAGCUGCCUUUCCCUCAGUCAGCAACAUGGUACCUCACCUUGCAGCUCACAUGCAACAGCAGUGACUGUGGUAAUGCAUCAGUGGUGCCUGUGGUCCCAGAUGUGUUUAUUAGUGCCUGUGUAGAGGACUGUGGGACAUACGGUGAAUGUAGACUGCUGAGAUCCUACAGCUACCUGUAUGCUAGCUGCGUCUGCAAGGCUGGCUGGAGUGGUUGGGGCUGCACUGAUGAUAGGACAGCUCAGUCAUACAGUCGUCAGAUGACGGCAACUCUGCUGCUCACGCUCAGCAAUCUGUUCUUCCUGCCUGCUGUUGUAGUGGCCAUCAGACGCUGCUACAUCACAGAGGCUUCUGUCUACCUCUUCACCAUGUUCUUCUCCACGUUCUACCAUGCAUGUGACCAGCCAGGUAUAGCCGUACUGUGUAUUAUGGACUAUGACACCCUACAAUACUGUGACUUCCUGGGGUCAGUUUGUUCCAUCUGGGUCACCAUCCUGUGUAUGACUCGCAUCAAGGACACAUUCAAAUAUACAGUGUUUAUGCUCGGGGCUUUGCUGAUUGCCAUGUCAAUGCAGUUGGACCGCAAAGGCCUGUGGAACCUGCUGGGCCCCGUCCUCUGUGCACUGCUGUUCAUGGUCACCGCAUGGGUGUAUCGAGGAGUGCAGCGUCGACAUUGUUACCCGCCAUCUUGCCGACGCUGGGUCUUCUACCUUCUCCCCGGGGCAAUGUGUGCUUUGAUCGGGGUAUGCUUGUACAUUUUCGCCGAGACAGAGGAAAAUUACUACUACAUACACUCACUGUGGCACAUCCUGGUGGCCAGCUGCGUGGUGUUCCUGCUUCCACCAAAGGAGAAGAAAAUUGAGGCACUGGGCUGGAGCAGGGGCUGGAGCUGGAGUUGGAGUUGGAGCUGGAGACCCCGGGUGUGUGGGUACACUCUCUGUCAGAACGGAAAGGAUGAACUCUACACUGUCACAUAGUGGUGCAAAAGAUGCACCACUAUGAUGCAAAGUGGCUCGAUACAGUAUUGAUUGUUAGCACUACAAACAUUCACAGAAGGUAAAUAUUUAUACACAAGCACAGGGUUUCUGCUGGUGGUGGCAGAGUGUGUUUAAACCUCUGACUCUUCAAAGUUUAUUAUUAUAUUCAGUAAAGCAUUUUAAAAUCAAAUCUAAUCAAUUCUAAUAAAUGUUCAUAUAAAUGUGCAACUAUUCUUAUAUAUAAGUUAAAAAAAAAACUAUCUCCAAAGGUCUUAUAUUAGUAUAAAAAUGCAAACCUGCAGACAACACACACACACACAGGCAGCACAUCUAACCCAAACUGAACCUGUUGGAACCUCCAAGGUGCACCAGCCUAAGCUUAAACCUCAAGGCCUCCAGGUGGCACACCCACUGACCUUUGACCUCAUGGCCAGGAGUUUAUACAUACUACUGUAUACGUACAUAUUUUACUAGGUUAGGAACUGAAUGUUUGAAAAUAUUUAUAACAAAUAACACUUUGUGGACCUCUUGAAUCUUUAUAUUAAGUCUAUCACUGAAUCUACAGAUGAAAAUAUGCUAUAUAUAUAAUGGAUGUAAACACUCCUCACACUCCCAUUCUUUCAUAUUUCCAUCAGCCCGGGGCAGAAUUUGAUCAACCUGAAUUGUGUUUAACUGUCAGAUAUUUAAGUCUUUAAAAUAGUCCCAGCUCCAGCUCAGUCUGUGGUCUUCAUCUGUUUGCUUUUUAUCUUCAGAGGAGUUAACUGCACAUUACUGAAUCAGAAGAGUCAAAUAUGCACAGUGGAAACCAUUUAAAACCAGCAAACUUUGCAAUAGAUUCUCAGACGCUGGUCACGUUUAGGUGCAGUGAUUUGGGACACAGGGGUCUUUGCUCAUUUCUUUAAACAACACCAUGUCUUUAAACAGCAUACAUACAGCUUGUGCUGAAACUGGGUACAUCUCAAGUCUUUUAUAAGAUUGUUCCUGCUUUUAUGGCCUGAGGCCAUCCCAAGUCUCUUAUGUCAGUUCUGAGGAGCAAGGAAGCUGCUGAAGGAGCCACGACCGAGGAUACAGCCUUCGUGGAAGUUUUUUUUUUUUUUUUAUGAACCAACAUGCCCAUUUAUCAAAAAGCAUUGGAUGCUUCAGAUGAAGGAUCAGAGGAAAGGGCAUCUUGUCAUUAAUGACGUGUUUCCUCGAGUCCUCUCCCCACACAUGUUUUCCUCUUAUUUGGACUAAGACACGAGGAAAAACCACAAGUGAGGGAAAUGACAGUGCUUAUAAGAGACUUGGGAUGUACCCAUAGGCCUUUCUUGUUUUGACUAUUCCUGGUUGUGUUUUCAUCUUCACUAUUUAUGACCACUUUUUACUAAGAUUCAUUCUGAAGCACUUUUAUAAUUAGAAAGCUGAUUCUACUAUGUAAUCUAAGUAGCCCAUAUGUGUAUGAAUGGACACAAUGAAUGUAUAUUCAGAUUACUGUGUCCAGUGCUGCCUCUUUUAACUGUCUUGUGCAAAUUAGUGCACUGUACUGUAUGUGUGAGUUUGUCUUCUAUACUAGUAAAGCUACUGAGCACUUUC